UCUAGUUUAGUUUAUGUUUCUACAGUAUUGUUUAGCCACGCAGAUGCCGCGUCUACACUGUCCGCCGCUCGACAACCCUGUGCGCGAGGGAUACUUUUCAUGCGCAUAGAAAAAACGCAGCUUUGUACAAAAGAAAUUUGCUAAAUGCAAAGAAUUUAUAAACGAAUCUCAUUUAGGCUUAGUUAGUUAAAAUUGCAUUUUAUAAUACAACAGUUUAAUGCGAGCACAUUAAUCGGUCUCAAGCGUACGCAGUGUCAAUAAUAAAAAAAACUAUGAAAAACUACAAAAUCAAAAAGAAACAACUUCCGCAGACGUCAGCAGCAGCCGUCGCAGUCGAAGAAGGCACAGCAGCGCCCCAAGAGCAGCAUCAGCAGUUUUAAUAGGCAGAGCACAAUAACCUACGCAAAUAUCAAUUUUAUAUGCUCAAAUGCAAAACAAAUCUCAUUGUAACAAUUUGUGAUUGAGCGAAGAAGACGGCGUUUCAUUUGUGUUGUGUUGCGUCCGUUGUCAUGCAUUUUGUCACACAACAGCGUCAGCAGCAGCAACAACAACAAAAACAGAAAUCAUCAUCCAACUCGUCGUUAACAUCCACAACAUCCACAUCGGCUGGCACACGCUUUGUGUCACUCUGUAAAUCUUCCAGCCAAGGUGCACUUCCCAAAUCUUUGGCCACCGCUCACAGUCUCUUUCGGCAAUCCUCACUUCAACAGCAACAACAACAUCAGCAGCAACAACAAAAGCAUAAACGUACAGCGAGUCUCAAUCUACUACAGUCAACGCCCAUGACUAAAGAUAUUGAUAUAACCACAACAACAGCAGCAACAACUACAACCACAACACCACCUGUAGAAACAGCAGAAACAACAACAACAACUGAUAUUGCUGUGAGCAACAUUGAGUCUGCUAAUGUCAAUGCCACAAACAUGAUUUGUGAUGCAAAAGAAGAACAACAAUCGCAGCAGCAACAACCAGUUCAGGAGCAACAACAGCCACAGCAUUGUCCUGAGCCUGAACAGGAUGAUAAAUCCACUCAAAUUCCUAGCAAUGGCGACAGGCGUGAUUCCAACAGCGAAGAGAUCACAAUUACAACAACAACAACAAACAGCAAACUAUUGACCAUACAGGAGGCCGUUGGCAUCGUUGAGCACAGCAACGUUUCCAUAUCCACAUCCUUGUCUUCGCCACAAAACACUUCCUCUGUUGCUGCAUCAACGACCACUUCCGUUGUUGCCACACAGGCGUCGGCACCAGCUCUGCAACGUCGAGAAUCCGUCAGUAGCAACCACAGUAAUGGCAGCUACAACGUAGCAACUGCUGCCAGCAACCACAACAGCAACUCAAGCAGCCCACAAGCCACGCCCACCAUUAUUAUAGUCCAGUCGGAGCAAAAGGCAGAGGAACAACAACAACAACAGCAGCCUGUGCAGUCGCAGAGCGUCGAUUCUAACGGUUGUGGUGCCGCUCCAGCCAACAAUUCCUGCACGGACAGUCCCAGCAGCCGCAAGAACUCAACAAGUUCAAAAGGCAAGCCAGCCAAGUUAUCCAGCUCGAGCAGUGGACGCGAUGAGGAUGCCCAGAGUAAACUAAGUGAACCAGGAGCGAUCAAUGAGAGCAACUUUGUUCGUGGCGAACAACACGUUAGCAGCAGCUCCACAUCGAAUGAGAAACCCGCCAAGAGCACAUCACGACUCUCUGAGCGGGCCAAAAAGAAGUCUUGGUAUAACGUCAUCUAUCCCAACUAUAAAUCACGUGCUGAGGAUUUCAAAAAACUCUUCAAAGAGGUGCCCAUCGAUGAGCGCCUAAUUGUUGACUAUUCGUGUGCGCUGCAAAGGGAUAUCUUAGUGCAGGGUCGAUUAUACGUGUCGCAGAAUUACGUUUGCUUCCACGCGAACAUAUUUUCCUGGGAAACGUAUGUGAGCAUUAAAUGGAAGGAUGUGACGGCAAUAACGAAGGAGAAAACCGCUUUGGUAAUACCGAAUGCCAUCUCAAUAUCGACAGCCAAGGAGAAGUUCUUCUUUGCGACAUUCUCAUCGCGUGACAAGUCAUUUUUGAUGCUCUUUCGCGUCUGGCAAAAUACGUUGAUGAAUAAACAGUUCUCGCCUCAAGAGAUUUGGGGUUAUGUGCACAAUUGUUACGGCGAGGAGCUUGGAUUGACCACAGAUGAUGAGGAUUAUAUAGAUCCAACGCUGGAUGCAGAUACCGAAACGGAUGUUGACUUUCAAACUGCCAUUGACGAUCUCGGUGGCGAACAGAGUAAUUCAAAUCCAAGUAUCAACAAUUCGUCGCAGCAGCCACAGCAGAGUGGCAACAGCAGCGCGAGCAGCGGCGGUGGCAACACUGCAACCCGUAAAUCAAAAACGAAAUAUUUCUUCAACUCUAGCAAAUCUUCAAACUUAAACUCAUCGGCGAACGCCUCGGCCAGCGGAUCAGAUAAUAAAACCAGCGACAGCACACGGAAAUCCAAUAAGAAAAUGAAGGCCAAUGCCAAAGAGCUAACGCUCAGCUCGGUAAAAGCCGCGGAGCAAUCGGUCGCAGUUACACUCAACGUGCCCGCCAGCAGCAGCAACAGUGGCACCACCACCUGCGGUCCCACAACAGCCACAACAGCCACAACAACCACUACAACAACCACAGCCAGUGGUGGCGGUGGUGGUGGUACCUCCGAUAAAAAGGUCGAAAAAACCAUCGUCAGCAAUGCAAAAAAUGCAACAGCAACUGCCUCGGAGUCCAGUCAUGGCUCAGAUACCAAACGGAAAGUUACCAAAAAUCAGCGACAACGCGAUGUGGAACUUGCGAGCAAAAAUGAUGAUGCUGGACCCACAGAUGUCUCGGACUCUUCCGAUUCCGAAGAGAACAAUGUGCCUUUUGUGCCCAGCACGGAGUGCACAUCGACACACGAGGGUCGCCAGAUAGUGCAUACAAUUUUGCCCAUUCGUGUAGAUACGCUGUUUAAUUUUUUAUUCUCGAAAUCGAAAUUUUUGACGGACUUUCAUGAUAUGCGCAAAUCCACGGAUUUAAUCAUGGGCGAGUGGCAGAAAAACGAGGAGGGGCAGAAUGUGCGCUUGGUAAAUGUCACCGUGCAAUUGGCCGCCUCCGUUGGCCCAAAGACCUCAAAGGUCACCGAAUACCAAACGAUGCGUGAAUGCAGCAAACCGGGUGAACUAUAUUCGAUAGACGUGAAUAGUGUAAAUGCGGGCAUUCCCUAUGCGGAUAGCUUCAGUGUUCUCAUUCAUUUUUGUAUGGCGCGCACUGUCGAUGAUCAUACAAUGUUGUCGAUCCAUGCCCAAAUCAAGUACAAGAAGUCCAUAUGGGGCGUUGUCAAGGGUUUCAUAGAGAAGAAUACGUGGGCGGGUCUGGAGGAUUUCUUUUGUGCUCAGCUGCAUGCGCUUCAGAGCGAGACGUGCAUACCGCCGGCAAAGGGAAAGGGACGACGUCCGAGACGUGGUAUCGCCACACAAAUACGUCCCUCGGAGGAAGGAAGCUGCGGUACGGCACAAACUGGCAAAAUCGAAACACUGGAAAAAUGGGAUACGAAAUUAAAGUCCUCAGGCGUCAUUGGUGGCGCUGGAGCUGCUGCUGGCCUGGCACAUGGGGCAGUUGGUGGUGUCAACGGUGCGGGCAGUCGUCAACAACAGCAGCAAGAGUUGGCAGCUCAGCAGCAACAACAGUUGCUGGCUGGGGGUCAGCAAAUGGGUCAAAUGCAGGACAAAUUUCGAUACAAGGGUCUAUCAUUGUUUGUUAUACUGUUGAUGUGCUUACUGCUGGCAUUAAAUGUGAUAUUAUUACUUAAGCUCUGGAAGCUGGAAGAACACAUUGAUGUGGAUCUCAGCCGGCGUGCACGCAUGCCCAGUUUGGCAGCCCUCAAGGAACUACCGAAUACGAAUCAAGAUUGGUUGGAGCUGUUGCGACAGCAGGAGCUCUCGCAUGAAUCGGAGCUACGCAAAUGGCAUCAGGUGCUCCAAACAGCCAUCGAGCUGCUGAAAAAGACUGAAAAGACUUUGGCUGAAGUCAUGAUACCCUAGCAGCCCUUUCAGCACACCCCUUCCCUCCAACAAACAAACACACUCUCAAAUAUUCCCGAAAAGGCCUACUUAGUAUGUCAGAUUAGUUCCUUUCGGCUUUGGCUAUAAAAAAAUUGUUAAAAACAAAGCCACCAAAAAUACUGAAAUUGAAUUUCAAAACUUAUAGUAGAACUAAAGAACAUUAAAAUAUUGUCACAAAAAGAAACAGAAACAGAGCGAGAGAAUUAUUUGUUUUAUUGCUUAAGUAGUUUUGAUUUUAGUUUGUCUAAUUUAUCAAUUUAUGUAUUACACUACAAUGAAUUUAAUUUUUUGAUAUCUAUUUUAGUAGAGCUCAUAUAAUUUUUGAGUCGCUGCAUUUAUGUUUACCUGUUUUGAGUUAACGCUUGACCCAAAACUUUCAAAGUAUUUCAAGCAAACACACACAGACAUACCAGAAACAACAACAUAAACGUUAAACAAAAAGUGCGUCUUGAAUUUUUGUUUUCAAAAAUUCAUUUAAAUUUAAUAAGAAAUAUUCCAUGUCUGAUGAGCGCAAACUUGCUAAAUCUUAAUCUCGAUUUUUGUAAAUUUGAUAUAAAUUAUACCCAAAAAGAAAAAAGAAAAUAAAAAUGAUUAAAUGAAAAUCAAGUACACAAAGAUAAGACCGAUAAUAUUUAUGUACAAUAUUUUUGUAAAUCUUACCAAUCCACUUCAAACAACAAAUGUGAGCAAUGUUUUUAUGACGAUAUUUUGUUGGUUUUUGUAACACCUAACUCUUUUGGCGCCCGUUUACAGUCUAAACAGAAACUUCAAACUAUUAAAUAAAAAUGCUAAGAAAAAUUUAUAAUACCAAUUUCAUACUAUAUGGAUAUAUUAUAUAUACUGCAUAAUAGAUCAAAGUAUUGUUAGUUUGUAGUUGUUGCAUAUUAAUGUAAAUCAUUUCGCAACAGUAUGGCUAAGAAUUUCAAUUCAAACGUUGGUAAAACACAAAAAAAACUGAAUAAAAGAAAACACAUCCACAUUAGACGUAAAAUUGAGAAGCAUUAAAUUGUUUAAUCCGUUGCGAAUUGGCCUCAAAAUCAAUUUGUCACAAUUUAUAUGUAGUGCAACAAUAUUGUUAAGCUG